AUGGAGUACACGGGGAGCCAGUAUGUUGGGGAAUUUGUAGAUGGCAGGAUGGAGGGUGAUGCCGAAUACAUCCUCCCAACUGAAACAAAAUACAUUGGGGAAAUGAAGGAUGGCAUGUUUCAUGGCCAAGGAACCUUGUACUUCCCCAAUGGGAGCCGAUUUGAUGCGGUUUGGGAGAAAGGGUUGGUUGUAAAGGGCACGUACACCUUCUCAGACGGCCUGCAGUAUGACCCUGAGAACUGGCAUUACUGUGACAGCUACGAUCGGAGGUUUUACACCGAGAUCUGCCACGGCUUGAAGCCUGCAGGUAUCUCUCAACUCACCAAUAUGGACCCACCUAGAAAGAUCCCUCCAGGCUGUUACGACUGUGGAGACGGCUUCUAUAACCCGAACACGAGGAUAGUCAAGGACUAUAAUUAUCGCUUUCUGAGAAAUGCAGAUGAUGAUGAGCACGAGUGGAUCGUCCGGACGUGUCGGAAGGGCUGGGAUGAGACCAUGGGUCCCGAGCCCAAGUCGUGA